CUCCCGCUCGGCUCCCCUCUCAGGGACGACUACGACAAGAAGGUGAAGCAGGCGGCCAAGGAGAAGGCGAGGAGGCGGCACACGCCCGCGCCGACGAGGCCUCGCAAGCCCGACCUGCAAGUGUACCUGCCGCGACGCCGAGAUGGCUGUACCCACCCAAGCAACCCAGACUGUGAAGAGUCCCGUGAAAGCAGCAGUAGUGGCGGCUCCGAGCCAGAGCCUUCUGGCCAUCAGCUCUUCUGCUUAGAAUAUGAGGCGGACAGCGGAGAGGUCACAUCAGUUAUCGUGUAUCAGGACGAUGAUCCAGGAAGGGUGAGUGAGGAGGUAUCAGCACAGACGCCUCUGGAUCCACCCAUGCAAGAGGCCCUCAAGUUGCGCAUCAAGGAGGAGAUUGCAAAGCGCCAGAGCCGAGACUGACCAGGCUGAAGGCAUUCCCUCCAGGCUGGAGUCACUGCCCAGGGAGCUCACCCCUUGUUUGGGGGUGCCAGGACUAGUCUGGGCUGAUCUUGACACACACACACCCAGAGCUGCUAGAAAAGGGUGUUACAGGGACUGUGCCUGACCACCUCCCUUGUAGCCAUCCUUUCUUGUAUGUUGGCCCAUUUGACCAGCCUAAUUUGGAAUUUUCGAGAAUUUUGUUUGGCUAGCUUGGUGUUCUAGAAGCAGAGACUCCAGGGAGAGCCAAGGUUUAUGAAUCCCUAUGCCAGCGUGCUGCUUUCUCACUGAGUUCAUAUGCCCUGGGAUACCUGGCCACUGCUACUCCACCCAGCUCCAUGAGCCAUGUAUGUUAUUUUAUGGUUCCUUCCUACCGUGCUUCUCAUGUUCAUUCAUGUUUCUCUAGAUCUUUUUUUCAUUUCCAGCUGUUUCUUUGUUCUUUCCUUUCCUUCAUCUUUUUGUCUCAAAGUCUGUCAGUUCUGCCCCCGUCCCUUCUAAGUGUAAUUGUGCUCCUCCAGCUGCUGAGGACUUUGGAGGUGUGGUGUCCUGGGGGUGGGGGAUCUACCUUUCUGACAAGCUCUCCCAGUAAUCCUGAUACCAACACAGUGAGAGAUGUUCAUUUUUGAGGCCAACUUGCAAGCAUGUCUCCCUCCCCUUCCAUGCUUUUUCAAGUUUCUGUCAUGCCCCACUGCUUUACACUAUCUAGAUAAGGAGACUUAGGAAAAUAAUGCCAAAACUAAAUUGCAAGGAUUUCUUGCAGCAAAACCUGCCUUGGUUAGGACUAUAGAAUUACAGCUUUCAACCUCAUCCCUAAAGGAGAAUUAUCAGAACAUGCUAAAACUGCCUCUCCAAAUGUGAUUUAACAGUUUUGAAUGUACAUACAAAGAGAAAUUCAACAGCAAUAAUUGCCUGUUUGGACUGUAAUUGCAAAGAGAAAAAAAGUCCCCAGAGGAAAUGAAAUGAACCUCUCUCAUCUGCUCUUCCCCUACCCCAUUCUUUCUCCUUUCCUGCCUCCUAAGAGUAUAUAAUCUCCCAACAGAUCUUUAGAAUAAAAAUCCCAAGAAUAUCAGUGCUUUCACCCAAGUGGACAUUUUUCCUAAUACAGGGUUAGGCUACAGGUCUGAGAAAGCUACAAGGCAUCCUGCACACUGCAGUUCCAAGCCACUUCGGUUUUCCAGCACAUUGAUUGACCUAACCUCAGUGACUUGAAAUGGGGUUUACAUGAGUCCAUGAGCGCUGAGACUGCUUGAAACCAAAGUCCGCCUGCCCCAGGGGUUUCUCCAUAUCAGGGUCUCAAGAUCAGUCUGGCUAGUCCAUCUCAGCAGCUUUUCUCUUAAAGGACACCUGAGGGCAUUAUUAAACUACAUUCUUAAAAUGUAGCUAGCCACAGCUUGCAGUGACAGGAAUGCCGGGAAAGUGAGUGAAGUGAUAAGUUAGAAGGGCCUGCUUGUGAAGAGACCAGAGUGCUCCUGACCCACAGAGCUGACCCAAGAUUAAAGACCUUAAACUUGCCAGUCCUGGGCUCAGUUCUACUUUUAUAGGAGAAAGUCUGCCCUUUUUAAUUCAGCUGGAUUCAAAGUGCCUUUUGACAUGUUAACUACCCUCCAGAGCCUCCUGGAUCAAGGAGGCUGUGCCAUCAUCCCAGUUUCCCUGCAGCUCAGAGGACCAGUCAUUUUAGUCUUCCAGCUCUUCAACUGAUCUUCUGACUUGGACAUAGGAUUUCACUGGAACUCUUAGACUUCCCAGUCUGGAAAUACCUUUGGGGUCCACUUCUCACAGCUGGAUGGCCUGCUUCCUGGACUUGUUAUAGAAUUUAGAAACAUGACCAGAAGAGGAGGUUGGGGGCAUAGCAACUGAAAUUUUAGCCUCCAUUGAGAGAAGGAAAGCGUGUACCUAUUGUCUUUCUCUGUUUGUCAUGUAGUCCACACUCAGGUAAGAAACUGAUGGGAACUCCUUUGUGUGUAAAAUUUUUCUUGAGGCACUUUGGCCUAAUCAAGUGCAUAUAAAGUAUUUUCCAUUCAAGAAAGUUUCCUAAUUCUUAGCUAAUUAUGCAAUAUGAUAUAUAAAGCACUAAGCCUGGUACUUAAAUGAGAGAUUUUCUUUCAGAACAGAACUGGUAGUGAGGCUGCCAUUGCUCCAGGUAUGCCUGAAAUGCUUCACUGGUGAUGGCCCUCAACCAGUAGGCAGCUUCCUAGCACAGGCUCAUUGCCACCCAUCAUCUGGGAUCCAAGAUGGUACUAUCCAGUUUAUUCACAAGACUUGCCUCCAGACAUCUUUCAACUGUGUUCAAAAAUCGGUGCUUUGCCAUCAAGGAAAAUGUUCAGAGCAUUUCCCACAGGCUCUAGGUAUGUCCUAAAGGGGACUGUCCUGUGCUGUGUGGUACAGUGGCAACAGUGUUGGACUAGCUGGAGCUUUCUAGCAGGCUGCUUCAAACUGAACAUUCACUUGACUAUACAUUCUUGGCUAUCUAAAAAAAAGUCUGGUAGCCUAACAGGCAUAUCUCAUGUCCAUCCAAAAUGAGGUGUUCCUUCACUUACUGAGGGUAAGCCUUGGAUUUUAAGGUAUUGUGUUCCCUGGGCCAAAGUGGAUGAUGUUAUAAAAUAGAAGGAAGCUGGGGUUUGCACGGGGCUUGGGCUAUGCAGAAAAACAAACACUAAAGCUUGAGUUCCAGCCAGUUGACCAGCAUGGAAAUCUUUGAUGAACAUAAAGCAAGAAAGGAAUGUAAAACUUUUUGUAUUGAGUGAGAAAAUGGGAGCCUGUGGAGCCUGGCCAGACAUUAGAAAGGACCAGCGUGGGCAAUAACAAAUGCUCCCUAUGGGGGAGCCUCUGAAAGAGAUUCCAUCUCCAUAGUCUACCCUAAGGGGCACCACCAACUAGAGAUUAGCCUGUAGAGCUGGAAGAAAUCCUUUGGUGUAGUGGAAACCCAACAUGCUGUGCGUUCAGUGGGAUUUGUGGAUGGUCGGGUAGUGGAUUCCCAGCUGGUUCACAAAUGGAAAUGAAGCCUUUACUAUAGAAAGAGGAAUAAGGACAUUAUUUUCCUACCUCUGAGCCUUUUAGGAGAAUCACCGUGGAAUGCUGAAAAUUAUUUGAAACAUUUUAAGCUACCUUCUUGAAUUCCUGUCCUGUCCCUGAGGAAUUAGAUGGCAAAGAAGCCUUAGGCACCCACCCCAAAUCUCCCCAGUGAUUGGAGUGAUGCUAGAAGUGAAAACCUGAGUGAAUGGCUUCUCUGCCUUUUCAGAGCCACCAAAAUGACAGACUGGUUGCACUGGCCAUAUUGUGGUGUUAAAUGUAUAAAAAGCCAUAUAGUCUUCUGUUUUCUCAUUUCAAUGUAUCUGCUAUGUGGAUGAAUAAAGUGAAGUAUGAAAAUUAUUUUAAAAUCCUGGAAGAAAGGUACUUUUCCAAGACUGUAUUCUUUUUAACCAAUAAACAUUAUUUUUACAGCACUGUU